AGUAAUAUAUUCCUGCUCACCUGUUUCCAGAUAUCUUCAGUGGAAUGCUGGAAAGUGUUGAGAGUAACCGCUGUAUUUGUGUUGUAGCCUCAGGUCCUGCCACGCCAGACUCUGUGGAGAGCAUCGUGCAGCACCUGUCUCCUGAAUCCAGCCGUAAAGCGUACUGGAGGACAUGGGACGGCCAGUCCACUCAACACCCCUCCUCCUCCGUCUUCACUGAUGCCACAUCAAGCCACGCACACAUCAAAUCACCUGCCACCGUACGUUCCCGCAGCGUGUCCGAUUCCUCAGCACCGCGCAGAGACUCUGUUACCAAGACCUCCACCCCGUCGUUCCGGAACGGAAAAGCAGCAGCACAGCAGGGUUCGCCAUGGGAGACGCUGGUGGUGUUCGCCAUAAACCUUAAACAGCUUAAUGUCCAGAUGAACAUGAGCAACGUCAUGGGCAACAAUACUUGGACGACGAGUGGGUUGAAGAGUCAGGGCCGUCUGUCAGUGGGCAGUAACAGAGAUCGUGAGAUCAGCAUGUCUAUUGGGCUGGGCCGCUCCAAACUUGAUUCCAAAGGAGGAGUGGUGGGUGGCAACAUUGACGUCAACACACUCGAGAUGGUCUACUUUAAUUUUGCCAUUCACCACCACAAAAUAUUCCCCUAA